AUGGCUAAAGAUAUUGCGCCAUACACUGAAACGUUAAAAACGUUUAAAAAGCAUUACAACGAGAAAGAAGUUUUGAACGGUUUGAUGAAGGAUGUAGAAAUAAUCUUUCCCUGUCUAAGGAAAGUCACAACAUGUGUGUCCAUUGGUACUGGCUAUGGUGAUUACGACCUUGACUUCCUCCGCACCUGUCUGCCCUAUCUCAAAACUUUAAUCGUCAUCGAGAAGAAUGAGGACUGUUUGAGAGAGCUUAAAAUUAAUUUGGAAGAGUUUUCUGAUAAUUUAGAGGUUUACAUCAUCAAAUCUACCAUUGAACGUUUUAUACAAAUAAAUGAACUAGGUCAUUGGUUCUUGUUGAAUGAGAUUGUAGAAGAUAGUUCACCAGAAAAAGUUCAAAAAGUCACAUCAUUCUUCAUGGGAAAGAUUGAAAUUGUUUUAGCCUUCCACGUGCUUCAUUUUUUAGACCAGGCGCACAGAAGAGCGCUCUACAAACUGUGUCUGGGACAAUGGAUGUGGCCAGAAGAAAAACUAAAUAAUAUUUUCGUGUUUGUGAGCAUGAGUGGCGAAGAUAGUACAAUAGUCCGACUGAUCAAAGAGCUGACGCAGGAUUCUCUCGUGAUUUCAGAAAUAAUCAAAAAUGAGUUGAAUGAGCAGGGAGGUUUUUGUUUACAUGAUUUCAGUUACGAAUGCCUGAUGGAUGUACCUGAUAUAAAUAACUUGAGGGAAAUUGUUAAAUCCAUGUUUCCAGACUUUGAAGUCAAUGAAAGCAGUUUGGCAGAGGUGGCGAAGAAGAUAGUGCCGAAUGGAAAGUCCAUUCUUAAGGCCAGCAUGUGUCUCUAUGCCAAGAAAAACUAA